AUGGCAAUCUCAUACAAGUCUCUCGGUCUCUGCAACUCUAAGGACAUCUUCGCUAAGGCUGUCAAAGGUGGCUAUGCUAUCCCAGGAUACAACUUCUCCAACCUUGAACAACUUCAGGCCAUCAUCUCAGCCUCCGUCAAGACAGAGUCCCCAGUUAUCCUUCAGGUUUCUGCUGGUGCCCGCAAGUAUGCUAACCAGACAAUGCUCCGCUACAUGGCCCAGGCUGCUUCUGAGUAUGCCAAGGAAAUCCACCCAGAGCACAAGCUUAUCCCAAUCGUUCUCCACCUUGACCAUGGUGACUCCUUCGAGCUCUGCAAGAACUGCAUUGAUCUUGGCUUCUCAUCUGUCAUGAUCGAUGGCUCCCACCUCCCAUACGACGAGAACGUCGCCCUCACAAAGAAGGUUGUCGAGUACGCCCACUCCCGCCCAGACUACGUUACAGUCGAAGGCGAACUCGGCGUUCUUGCUGGUGUUGAAGAUGAUGUCAAGGCCGAAUGCCACACAUACACACGCCCAGAGGAAGUUCAGGACUUCGUUACAAAGACAGGUGUUGACUCACUUGCCAUCGCCAUCGGCACAUCCCACGGUGCUUACAAGUUCCCACCAGGCACAAAGGCCGAAAUCCGCCUCGACAUCCUCCACGAAAUCGAGAAGAAGCUCCCAGGCUUCCCAAUUGUUCUCCACGGCUCCUCCUCUAUCCCACAGGAGUACGUCGAAAUGGUCAACAAGUACGGCGGCCACAUGCCAGAAGCUGUCGGCAUCCCAGAGCACCAACUCCGUGAAGCUGCUGCCUCCGCUGUCUGCAAGAUCAACAUCGACUCUGAUGGCCGUAUGGUCAUGACAGGCACAAUCCGCCGCCUCUUCUCUGAGCACCCAGACUGGUUCGACCCACGCCAGUACCUCGGUGAGGCUCGUACAAAGCUCAUGGAAAUGUACAUGCGCAAGAACAAGGAAGUUCUCGGCUGCGCUGGCCAUGCCUUCGAUUAA